AUGAAAUCAAUGUGGUCUCGUGUUCUUCGUGCGCUGCUUGUGAGGACCAAAGCGUCGAGGUGGAGAAGAGCCUCUAAGUGUAAGCACGUGAUAAAGCAGGCUCAGCUUCAUCUAACCAUCCAAAAGGCCAGGAAGGAUUCCAUUAUCAGGCAAUCUCGUGCUGAUAUCGCUCAACUCCUCCAGAAUGGCCAGCUCGACCAAGCCUUAGCCAGAGUUGGGAGACUCUACAAGGAUCAGAAUCUAUUGGCUGCAUAUGAUCAAGUUAAGGAUUUCUGCGAAUGCAUAAUCACCAAUUUCCCCGAUAUUUGCAAACAAAGUGAUGUACAAUCCUUGCCUGCUGUUGUUCGCCAAGCCAUGGCGAAUUUGAUGUUUGCUGCCUCCAGAUGUGGUGAAUUGCCGGAGCUACAUUUGCUGCGGUGCAUCUUCAGAGAGCGUUAUGGUUGUGAAUUCGAAACUGCCAAUGUCGAAUUACGACAUGAAAAUCUUGUGAGUUCUCAGAUGAAGCAGAAUCUGUGUAUAAAUGUGGAGGUACCAGACGAUGAGAAGCUCAAAUUGAUAAGGGAAAUAGCUGGAGAAGGAGAACACACCCUUCUGCUGGGGUUCAGGGACUCUGAACAAAGCUCCAAGAUGCAAUGCCAGGAGAUAAAUAGUCGCUCUUACCCAAAGUGCAAGUCUGAGCAAAGAGCUGAAGUAAUGGAUUUGGAUAUGCAUGAUAUGUACGUUGACAAUAGCUUGGGUAAUCGUAAUGGCUCUCGUAAUUCAACCGGAAUCAAGAAAAAGUCCGCUAGCGUGGAAUAUCAGGAGACCUCAUCGGCUACGACCUCCCCAGAUGGUAUGCCAAGUACUCCUGAGAUGAGUAUCGUAUAUCUCGAUGACUUGGAAGAGAAGUCAGUGAACCAAGAACACCGCAAUUUCAAGAUAUGCCUAUAGAUUAGGUGACAAACACAUUUAAGGUUUGAUGAUUUUAUGAAGCCGUUGGUUCAAGAAGAAUGUAAUGAUGAGGAUGAGCCAAGUUAGGUUGAAGUCAAUUUCACAGCAGUAGAACCUUUUUGUUAAGUACAUUGCCAGAAUGAGAAAUACGAGAGAUUCUUCCACCAACAAA